AUGCAUGCGGAGCAGGACUACACCACCUUCUACCCGUGCAGUGAGCUGCCGGUGCGUGGCUACACCACCCUCUGCCUCAACAACGCCCAGAGCAAGACCGGCCUCAUGAACGACCUCGACUUUGAGACCAUGAUGACCGAUGUGGGCACGGGCGUGCAGUUCCUGCGCAACCUGACCGAGAUCGACCAGGUCAUCAUCUGGGGUCACUCCGGUGGUGGUGCCAUGAUGGCCGCCUACCAGAACGUGGCGGAGAAUGGCGCCUCUGCCUGCAACGGCACGGAGAAGCUGUACCCCUGCUCCAGUGCGAUGGAUGGACUGCCUGCUGCGGACGGAGUCCUCCUCAUCGACGCCAACUACGGCCUGUCCACCAUGACUCUGCUCUCCCUCAACCCCGCCAUCACCAACGAGACCACCGGGGCGGACAUCAACUCGAAGCUGAACCUCUACAGCCCCGCCAACGGCUGGACCGCCGACGGCGCCAACUACACCUCCACCUUCGUGCAGGAGUUCUUGGCGGGCGUCGCGGCCCGUUGGAACCGCAUCCUGGCCUCCGCGAGGGAGCGCAACGAGCUGAUUGCCGCGGGUAACGGCGAUUACAGCGACGACGAGGGCCUGGUGAUCCCCGAUGCCAACUACCUGGGCUUCAACAACAAGCUCAUCACCCAGGACGUGCGCUACCUCGCGCACACCAUCUACAAGUGGCCCCUCCUGCACAAGGACGGCAGCAACACCACCCAGGUCGUCCCCACCACGACCAUCACCCGCUUCCUGUCCACCUUUGCCAUCCGCGUCGACGCGGACACCUUCCGGGUCACCGCCGACAACAUCACCGGGGUGGACUGGACCUCCUCGCAGACUGCUCCCAUUGGCAGUGUUCCUGGUAUCUCGAAGCCCCUGCUGACCAUGGGCAACACCGGUCACUACGAGUACCUCAACGCGGAGAAGAUCUACCUCGCUGCUACCACCGCUGACAAGUCGAUCGCUUUCGUCGAGGGCGCGCAGCACACGAUCGACACCUGCACGGCCUGUGAGAGCUAUCCUGGUCAGUACGGUGAUACGGUCAAGACUGCUUUCAACUUCAUGGACAAGUGGCUGAGCCACCCUGGUCGCUUCAUCUCUGCUUAA